AUGUUACAAAAACAGUUUCAAGAUCUUAUCUUACAACCAACCAAAAUUAUAAAUAACAAAAUUGAUGAAUUAAAAAAACCAAUUAAAGAAGCAAAAAAGAAUGAAAUAAAUGAAAUUACAGCAUUUCAGUCUCAUAAAAUUCAUGAAUACUUAAAAGUUCAAACUCCAUUAUUUUUUGUUGAUUAUUUUAGAGUAUUUGUUUCACAUUAUGAAUUAGGAAAAACAUAUAUUCCAGAUUUAAAUAUAUAUCAGGAUAUGUAUAACAAAGCAGUACUUAAGUCUCAAUUAGAAGAACCUUCUUUAGAGAAAACAAUUAUUUAUAGUCAACCAUUAAUAUCAAUAUUAACUGCUGAAGGAAGAACAGUAAAUCAGUUACCAAGAGCAAUUGAAGAAAUAUUUAAAAUAUUAUAUACAAAAGGAUGUUAUACAAAAGGUAUAUUUAGAGAAAAUAGUCUUGCUAAUAAAGAUACUAUUGAUAAAUUAGUUGUAUCUAUUAGUUUUUCUUCUUUUGAACAAUACCCACCUGAAGUAACGUCUGCGGUUUUAAAAUCAUUUAUGAGAGGAAUGAUAGAACCAGUUGUUGAUAUUAAUACGGCACUUACAUUAAUAGAGACAUGGAAAAAUGUUUCAGAAUCAACAUAUGGUUUGAAAGAUAAAAUAUCAGGAGCAAUAGCACUUAUUCAAUCUCUUCCUCCUUCUCAUUUUACAAUGUUCUCUCAAUUUAUGAAACUUUGUUAUAAAAUUCAUACAUAUAGUGAUAUUAAUUUAAUGAAUGCAAAAAAUUUGGCUGUGUGUAUUGCUCCAGUAAUUAUUCAUAUUCCAAAUGAAACAUUGGAAUCCACAUCAUUAUCUAUUUCUUUUAUUACAUUUGUAAUAGAAAAUUAUCCUUCUAUUUUUCCUGAUGAUGUAGAUAAAAAUUUAUAUAGAAGAACGUUGAGUCAAAAUGUACUUCAAAUAAAACAAAAAGUGGUAGAACAUUCAGAAAUUAUUUCUCCUCAGAAACAGACGUUCUUAUCUCCUAAGAAAACAAUUCCUCUUAAAGAUAUACCAAAUCAUCAAAGAAAAAUAUCAUCUUCAUGUCCAAAUUCUCCACGUUCAAUUGGUUUAAUAAGAAGUCAACAAAAAGAAAUACACAAAACACAACAAACAAUAUCUACAUUACGUAAAAUAAAUGAAGAUAACACAAAGUCUCAAACAGAAUUAUCUUCUCCACAUAAAAUAUUACUAAAUGAAACGUAUCAAAAAUUAAAACCAUCACAUUCACAAAUUUCUAUUGAUGAAAUGGAAAACCAAUAUUCAUGUUAUAAAGAAAAUGAAUAUAAAAAAUAUCAUCCACCAAAACCAUCAGUACCAUCUUCUGUUGCAAUGUUAGCAAAAAAAUAUUCAUCAAAGACAAAUGAUUUUAAUUAA